CCCUAUAAAGAGGCGGGUGCGCUAACACGGGCUCGGCUUAGCGCUACUUUCCCCUGGCUGUCCGGCUGCUGUGGCUGGGGCGGAGCAGCGCGGCGGGCAGGGUGGCUGCGGAGCGGCGGGGAGCCGGGCUCCGGCUGCGCGCGCGCCGAGAUGGAUUUCAACAUGAAGAAGCUGGCCUCGGACGCGGGGGUCUUCUUCAGCCGCGCCGUGCAGUUCACAGAGGAGAAGCUGGGCCAGGCUGAGAAGACUGAACUGGAUGCACACUUUGAAAACCUUCUGGCCAGGGCGGACACUACCAAGAACUGGACUGAGAAGAUCUUGCAUCAGACUGAGGUCUUGCUGCAGCCAAACCCAAGUGCCAGAGUAGAAGAAUUCCUCUAUGAAAAACUAGACCGGAAGGUGCCAUCUCGUGUCACCAAUGGGGAGUUGUUGGCCCAGUACAUGAUGGAGGCAGCCAAUGACUUUGGGCCAGGGACGCCAUAUGGCAAAACCCUACUCAAAGUUGGAGAGACGCAGAAGCGCCUGGGGGGAGCUGAACGUGAUUUCAUGCACUCUGCUUCUGUCAGCUUCCUGACUCCUCUGCGCAACUUCCUGGAAGGGGACUGGCGAACCAUUACUAAAGAAAGGAGGAUCCUGGAGAACCGCCGUCUGGAUCUGGAUGCUUGUAAGGCCAGGCUGAAGAAAGCCAAGGCUGCUGAGGCAAAAGCAUCGGCUGUGCCUGACUUUCAGGAGACUAGACCUCGUAAUUUCAUUCUCUCCGCCAGCGCAUCAGCGUCUCCAACACUGAUCUCCUUUCCUGUUGCCCUGUGGCCCCACCAGCUCUGGAGCGACGAGGUGGAAAAAGCAGAACACGAGCUCCGGCUCGCCCAGACGGAGUUUGAUCGGCAGGCGGAAGUGACACGCCUCCUGCUGGAGGGGAUCAGCAGCACACAUGUGAAUCACCUUCGCUGUCUCCAUGAGUUUGUAGAAUCUCAGACUACCUACUAUGCUCAGGGCUACCAGUUCAUGCUGGACCUGCAGAAGCAGCUGGGCAGCUCUAGAGGAGAAAUAUUUCCAGGUACAUUUGUAGGCAAUGCAGAAUCUACAUCACCACCUCCAGCCACCACCUCUCCUACCACCGUUGCUGCCACAAUUCCAGCUGUACCCAUCAUUCCUGUUGUACCCACUGUGGGUGGGGCAUCUAACCCUGCCACAGCAGUUGACAGGGCACUGAACCUGAAUGAUGUCAAGCCGCCAGCCAGUGGGACCCGGAAGGCCAGAGUUCUCUAUGACUAUGAAGUGGCUGACAGCAGUGAGCUGGCACUGUUAGCAGAUGAGCUAAUCACAGUGUACAGCCUGCCAGGGAUGGAUCCAGACUGGCUCAUAGGGGAGAGGGGAAACCAGAAAGGCAAAGUUCCUGUCACCUACUUAGAACUGCUCAGUUAAAUGCUGCCAGGAAGGAGAAUCUACAAGCAAAAUGCAGCCCUCCAUGUCCGAGCAUUUUUAAUGCCAAUUCCUUCACGAGACCAUUGCUCUCUUCAGGAUCAACUCACUCACUACUAACAUGGGAAUUGGGAAGUGGUGACAAGGCUGGUGGUGGGUGGGGGAGGAAAGGUCACUUUACCUUUAACCGCCUGGAGCUGAAUUCAUUAACUGUCCAUGCAGCCUGCUUUGAGGGUUUAGUUGUAAGGAUUGUGUCCUGUAUGGGGAUUCCCGCUACUGAGCCCUUCCCUCCCCACUUGUGUUUUAGCUAUGGUGGCUUUCCAGGAGCCAGCCCUGUUUCUUCCUCAGCAGCUGCUCAUGGUGAUUACAUUGGUUGGGGUUUUUUGUGUCUUGGUGCCUCUACCCUCCCUCUUGUCUUCUCAGGCUCUUGACUCUUGCUUGCCCCACAUUACUGUAUGCAUUCCGGUGUGGCAAGGGUGUUGGAUGCUUUCUGAAACGCUACCCCUGGCAUGUUCCAACAGAGCGAAGAUCAAAAGGAGCUGUAGGGGAUAUAGCUGUAUUUGGAUAGCAUGUCUCUGAGGACAAUUGCUCGUGCACUCCAGAGCACUCCUUUACUGAUGGAGGACCAAAAAAGCAGGGCAUUAGCAGCCCUGUUUGGCUCUAAUGGUGCUUGGUGCCCCUGCCUAGCACUAAAUGACUGGCUAUUACAUUUUGUUUCCAUAAUCUAAUGACCUAAGGCUGGUACUGCAAGAACUAAAUUCCCUUUCAGCGCAAGAGAAUGUGCAUCUUGCUUGCAUAUCCUCCAAGCAAUUGGGCAUGGACUGAGCUAACAAGCGUGGGGUGUUGUCCAGCCUCACUACUCCUCUUGGUGUUUUUUUUUUUCAGGUAGCUUGCUAGUCUUUUUUAAUCAGAUUAAUUUAAAUGCUUUCUUGUCCCAUCCAGCUGGUAAGGAACACACCUGGUACAUUCUAGCACAGCAUGUGGGAUGGGUUGUCUUACACUUUGUAUAUUUAUAAUGAGCCUCUUAACUACUUUGUAUGCCAAGAGUUAGUGGUUCUGCUUUCUCAUCCCUCCUUUCCCAUUUUGCUGUGCAAGGAGCCCUGUAACUUGAACUAUCUCAAAUAGUGAGGCAGAAAAUGGAUAGAGUAAUAGGCAUCUUGCUCAGCUCUCCCUAUAAAGUGAUAACUGAACAGUUAAGGGAUUUAGAUAGCAAAGUGAAAUUGUUUUGGCAGCUCGAGCUGUGUGGCAAAAGCAUUUGACUGUAACAAGAUCUUUGUUCACUACCCUUUCCCUAGUGUGGCUAGAGACACUGACUUCCUUGUUUCCCCACUGAUCCUUUGCACUCUGCCUUGAUUGCUUUGUGACCAUCCUAAUGUAACAGGGCACAGAGCACCUGUGAAUAUAGGGCUCUUGGUUUUCAGCAUUUAUUUGCCAAUAAACAACCAGUCUGCUCUCCUGUC